UCGUGUUGGUUCUGCUCUGCUUGCCACCUCCUUUGAGUUCUGUAUGGACUGUCAUUCAUUUUGACUACAGAAGAAUUCUCUUAUCUCCUAGUUGUAUCACUCUUCGAUGAAAGAAUUUGAUGAAACUUUAAAAAAAAAAAUGUGCACCUCUGAUCAACCAGACAUGAGGCCAGGAAGAUAAAACGGAAGCAGUGGGAUUUGAAAGGUUGCUUUAGUUCCUCAGAUCACAGCUGCCUGAAUACUAUGGGUGGAGUCACUACGGAGAAGAGACAACUCUCAAGUUCAACAGUGAGCCUCCCUGGCACAGACCAUCAAAUGGAUGUUUUCCUCAUGAUCCAGCGCAGGAAGACCACCAUCUUCACAGAUGCCAAGGAAAACAGCACCGUGUUUGAGCUGAAGUGCAUCAUUGAGAGCAUCCUUAAGCAGCCACCCAGAGAACAGAAACUAUUUAAGAAUGACCAGCUCCUUAAGGACAGUAUGACACUGUUAGAGUGUGGCUUCACCGGUGAAAAUACCCCAGCAGAAGCCCCAGCCCUACUAAGACUGGCCUUUCUGGCAGAUGAAAUAUCAGCCCAUAGAAGCUGAUCAGAAAGCCAUACCAAUAAAUAAGCUGAGUAGUGCAGUGCGAGGGCCAGCAUGCUGCCCUCAUGCUCCAGCAGUACAAGAUUCGUGUGUGUGUGUGUGGGGGGGGGAGUUACCUGGACGUGGCUCAGUGGGUGGAUGCUCUGGUUCAUUAUCCCAUGU